UUCUUCGAAGUUAAAUUAACCAAAUUUCGGACGCUUUCAGUUUUGUGAAUUUCUUGAAAUUUUCCAAAACCCUAGCAAGGGUUUAAGAACGGAACCAUCGGCCAAACAGAACACUUACCUUACUAGCCCCCCCGAAACAAUAUAUAUUGGCCUGUGUUGUUUUUUGGCAGCCAUGGGAUUUCACUUUUCUUUUUCUACACCCAGAUUUCUCUGGGUUGUGAAAUGGUAGGGUUUAUCUCUGAACCUUCAGACCUCGAAGACGAUCAAGCUCCAAAGCUCAAGAAUUUAAGCGACCCACUUGACUCGAUUGACCCCAGAUCCAACGAUUUUUCAUUAGCCGAUUCGUUUCUCGAUUUCGACUCAAUAAGGAAUUGGUUUGAGGAUAUAGCAAACCAAGAAAUGGCCGAUGGAGAGAGCAUUAAGAUGGAGGCCAUUGAAGAACAGACCUGCAGAGAUACCAGUGUUGAAGACCAAAUUGUAAAUGGUUCUAAGCCAAUUCUUGAUGGGUCUGCGCCAAUUGAUGUUGGGUCUGGUAGUGUGGUGAAGAUGGACAAGGGGGAUUGUGAAAUGCCUGGGAAUUUUAGUUGUUCAAUCGCAGAGGAGAUAGGAAAGGUUAGUCUGGUUUCCGGGUCUGAAAGUUCUGUUAUUGUUGGUGAGACUGGUAUGGAGAAUGGAACAAGGAAUGAGGAUAGUGUGAAAAGUGGAACCGUGAGUGAUAAGGACGAAAGUGAAAGUUCAGAGUCUGAGAGUGCAAGUACAUCUUCUUCUUCUUCCUCCACUAGCAGCUCCAGUGAUGACCAGGAUGAUGAUGUGGAAGGCAAAGAAGAAGAAGAUGAUUUGGGAGUGAAACAGGGAUUUGAGAGGGACUCUAAUGGGGCGGGUGAAGUUGAAGAGGGUGAAAUAAGGGAUGCUGAUGGGCAGGGGAUGGCAGGCAUGGUUGAGGAUGAUGACAAUGAAAGUGAUGAUAAUGAUGAUAUGGAGGCAAUGGUUGUUUGGAGCGACACUGAUAUCAAUGAUGGUGAAGAUGAGGAAGGGGAUGGUGGUGGUGUUGGCGGACCCAUUAGGUCAAAAAAUGAGCUUAAGGUUCUCCCUCUGGUUCCUCCAGUGGAUGUGACAUUGCUACCACAUCAUCAGAUGAUCCCUGUUGGAAGUGUUUUAUCAAUAGUUGGCACCCAAGUCAUUGUGGAAGGAGUAGAGAAGCACAACCCUCUUAAUGAUGGCUCCAUUCUAUGGAUAACCGAUAGUAGAACUCCACUGGGGUUGGUGGAUGAAAUAUUUGGACCUGUCAAAAACCCUUACUAUGUUGUGAGAUACAAUUCAGAAAGUGAAGUCCCUUCUGGUAUACGUGGAGGAACUUCAAUCUCUUUUGUUCCUGAGUUUGCCUCCCAUGUGCUCAAUAGCAAAGAUAUUUACAAGAAGGGGUAUGAUGCAUCUGGUGCAAAUGAUGAAGAGGUAUCAGAUGACGGGGAGUUUUCUGAUGAUGAGAAAGAGGCUGAGUACAAGAGAAUGCAAAAAAUGACUAAAAGAGGCAAGGAGGAGAAAGUUGUAAACAACAAAAGCAAUAGAAGGAAGGGUAAAAGUAGGGUCGAUCCCUGGAAAAAUGAACAACCUUCGACCAAGCAAACACCAAGUAAUGUAGGUCACCAAUCAUCCAAUCAACAACAGCAUCAUUUCUCACCAGUCCCAACAAUGAUUGAUCAUGGUAAUUGUGCACCCCCCUUUGCAGUGGGACAAGGUGUGGUUGGUGGCACAGGUUUAGUCCCACCAUUUCCACCUACUGCACAGACAGUGUGUUCAAGUGGAGUUUGGACAAAUGGAAUGCCAUUUCAGCCCACAAUGCAGCCCCAGACUCCAUUUUUUCCUAAUGGAAUUCCAAUUAAUAGUAUGCCCUGGCUCUUACAGAACAAUCAGUAUCCCCAACAGAUGCCAAUGCCAAAUAGAAUGCCCUUUAACCAGCAGGCUGAUCCUAAUCAGAUGUUGCACUCUGCUGCUGUCUCACCAGGUGAUCAACCAAAUAACUUUUCUGGAUCUACAUAUGUACAGGGACUUGUGGGUCAAAAUAAUUUCAACCAAUCAACAUUUGGUAUGGGUUUACAAGGCCAUCCUUCUCAGCAAACCUUAAAUGCCGUACAACAAGGAAUUCUAUCAAAUGGGUUACACAUGGAUUCAAACUAUAUCAAUAAUAUGCCACAAUCUAUGGUGAUUCCCGGAAAUGUUGAAGUUCCACAGCAAUUCAAUGUGGGUGCAUCUUCUAGCCGGGGAAGAAGACUGUUUCGUCGAGGGGGUGGUCGUUUUGUAGGUGGGAGAGGGCGGUAGCAAUCCAUAUGAAAAGUUAAUUCCAUGUCAUGCUGCAUCCACUGAUUUUGUCUUGAAAUAGGGCAUGAGUGGAGCAAUAACAAUCUAAAAUAUCUUGGUCUUUCUGUAAACUAGCGAUUAUGCUUUUUGUUUUGUGUUAUAAAACUGCAAUAUGCUCUUCCCAUUA